AUGCCUCCUCGGAAGCGCGCCCGUGGGGGAGCGACCUUUGCGUCAACCCCAGCCCGCGACGACGAUGCCAUGGAUGUCGACACGCCACAGGCAGCAGCUCGCUCGCCAGUGAAGGAAGCAAUGCCUGGCUAUAAUGCCUUAUGGACAGAUGAUCAAGUGUCCUCCCUGUUCAAGGGCGUGAUUCGAUGGAAGCCAGCUGGCAUGCACAAGCAUUUCCGCAUGAUCGCCAUCUCCGAACACCUUCGCAACCACGGUUUCGACCCGGACCUGCACCAGCACACGCGCAUACCGUUUAUUUGGCAGAAGCUCCGCGCCUACUACAACCUCGACCUCAUCGACGACCGCGAAAAUAUCGAGGACGAGGACGAGGACGAAGAGCAGCGCUACAUUGACUUUGCCCUGCCCUAUGGCGACUACAUAGAGCCCAUGAUGGGCCGGGCCAUCGCCGACCCCAGUGAGGCGCCGACGUCCCCGCCACAGCUCGAUGUCUCGCCGCCGCCGCCGCACAAGCGCAGCCACAACACGAGAAGGAGCAGCAGCAAGCCGCGCAAGCGCACGCGCGAGUCGUCGAGGGCCGCCGCCGUCCGCGCCACCGACGCCGAAGACACAGAGGACGGCACAGACGCGCCGUCACCGGCCUUAAAGCAGACGAGAGUCGCACGGGGCCGCACGCGCGCCGCGAGCAAGGCGGAAAAGGCGGAGACGACCGAGGAAGACGAGCCAGAAGACGAGGCGGAUGACGACGACGAUAGUGGUGAUGACGAUGAUGAAAGCGACGAGGAAGAGACCGGGACGCCCGCGGUUAUACCGAAGAGAAAAGUAGGACGUCCACGCGGGGGGGGCACAAGGACGAGUUCGAGGAGAAGGGGUAAAUGA